AUGGCCAAACUUCUUCUCUCCACUCUCCUCCUAGCUCUCCUCCACCUCCUUCUCGGAUCCCGAUCCGAUUCUUUAGGAGAAUUUUGCAAUUUCAAGAAGAAAAUCUCAGACAAACCCACAAUGAUUAACAUUGGCUUAGUCCUAUCCAAACUAGAAACUAAAGCCCCAUCUAAUAGGUUUGCCACAGCCUCAGACGGCCAAGGCAAAGAGAGAGUGUAUGGGCUCCUACAGUGCAGAGGUGACAUUAGCCCCAAAGAUUGUUCAUCUUGCACAAGUGACGCAGCGAAACAUGUCCGCCAUCUCUGCCCUGAUGAAGCUGAUGCGAGAAUAUGGUUCGACAGUUGUUUCCUUCGUUACAACACCGAUGAUUUUAUCGGAGAAUUGGAUACUAGGUAUGGUAUCUUCUAUUGGAACGUAGAGAAUGUAACUGAACCAGAGAGGUUUGCGAAGGAGCUCGGAGAUUUGAUGAACAAUGUCAAGGCAAAGGCAGUGCAGCCUGGUAACAAGGGCUUUGGGAGUGGAAAGAUUAAGUUCACACAAUUUGUGACCAUCUAUGGGUUGGUACAGUGCACCCAAGACUUGCCUAAGCUCCAAUGUGCACAGUGUUUGUCCACUGCUAUUUCGAACUUCGGCGGCGGCGGCUACUGCGAUGGGAAGAAGGGUUGCCGGGUGCUAUAUAGCAGUUGUUUCGUGCGGUUUGAGAUAUACCCCUUCUUCCUGCCGCUUAGUGCCUAUACAGGAAAUGAGGUCCAUGCUUCCCAGGCUGUGUACGAUAACUUAGAAGAAAUAUAUUGGAGGCAGAGAUUGAGGGCUAGAUGGUUGAAAGAGGGUGAUUCGAAUACCAAGUUCUUUCAUGCCAUUGCGAAUGCUCGGCGUUGUCAGAAUGAUGUGUCAAGUAUUUGUUUUGAAGGGGUAGAGGACAAUAAGAGUGAUGAAUGGGAGAUGGAGUUUGUGAAGCAUUUUCAGAAAGUCUUUGCAAAGGACUUACAGAUAAAGCCAAAAUUUAAUGGUUUGGGUUUUAAAGUGUUACCAAAGUCGGUUGCUUUGUCUUUAGCAGGAAUGGGGCAUCAGAGGAAGAAAUUAAAAGGGCCAUUUUUGCUUUGCCAGGGGAUAAAGCCCACAGUCCUAAUGGAUUUCUAG